AUGGGUAACUCAUCUAGCCAGCCCGAAACCGAGGUUUCCUUAGAGCACGACGUGCUCCUUACCGACUACGACAUUCCCCCGCCUCCCUAUGAAAAUGCAUCUCCCAGCGUCUCUGACGAAGAGUCAGCAAUAGCUCCACCGAAAUCCGCACCGCCUAUGGUAGCUACACCAGCAACAACUGAAUCACCAGAACCGCCAGAGCCAUCCAAGGCCUCUAACCCCUCUGGAACUAAAGGCUCCAUAGUCCAAACCAUAAAAGCCUCUAUAAUCGACGCCGCAAAGACGUGCAGCAGGGCACUCAACAAGCUGAGCGAGAACAAAUUUAUCCGCCCCUUCGUCGUCACCGGUAUCAUCGUGAUUCGCCUCCUCGCUGCGAUUACAUGGGUGAUUACAUGGGUUAUUGGGUUCCCCAUCUACACAGUCCUUUAUUGUCUGCUGGUCAUUCUCCUAAUCGUCGCUGACGGGAUCUAUCCGGAGGGAUUUGAGGAUGAGCGGGGUGCGCCGCGUAGGUUUGAGUCCUGGGUUCAGGGCCUGCCUAAACCUUGUGACGUAUGUGAUUGA